AUGGUAGAAUCUUCGCUGCGUACCGCCAACGACGACGUUGAGGCCAGGAAGGCAUGGGAGAACAUGACAAAAAGACAGAUGAUGCCGAAGUUGCGCAACUUGUUUCUCAGCCUCGAUCUGGACGGCAAUGGCGAGGUGGAUUAUAACGAGAUCAUGAACUGCCCAGAUGAGAUCAUGGACCAGAUCAGACGGCUCGUUGACCUGUCGGAGCUCGAGGAGGUGUUUCGUCUGUCCGGAGCUCAGCGCACCACCAGCGUCACCAUCGACGAGUUCGUCGACGGCAUCCUCCGAUCGCAGGUCGACAAGCCCUCCGAGCUGAUCGUACUCAUGAAGCAGGGCAGGACGAUCCUGCAGCGCCUGGACGACGCGAUGCUCAGGUACAAGCCCACCGGGGUGCCCAGGAACACCGAGUGGCCGUCCUCCCCCGUGGAGCUCGACCGGCCGCGGCGUAUGAGCAGCCCCCCCUGGCUGAGCACCAAAGAGCUCUCUGACAAGUUCCGCAUGUCUGAGAAGGGCGAGUGA